GGUAGGCGAGUUUUUAAAAGAUCCCGCCAUUAAACUAUGCAUCGAAUGGUUUUCUAAUUUCAAGCCAUUCCCAUUCAAGAUGGUGAGGGUAAAUUCUCCAGGUGUAUGCACUGCUGUGAAGUCAAAGACUAGACAUGUGCGAAGAUCCCUCAGUGCUGCAAGCCUAGAUGUUCGUGGUUCGGUUGUUAUGGAGAAGGUUUGGAUGUUUGAGGGUAUAACAGAGGGUAUAUCUACAGAGCAACUGUCAGAGGAAGAUACUGGAAAAGAUGACUGGUGCCCAAAACACAACUGGUUCCUGUCCACCAAUCUACUUGCAGCUCAGCAGUGUGCUAAGUGCUUGAAAAGGAUUUUACCAAAGAGGGCAUCAUACAAAUGUACAGCCUGUAAGAGACUGUGUCAUUUAAAGUGUGCUGUAGACAAUACAAGCAGUAAACAGGCAAAACAGAAUGCUGACAGGGGGCUGACACUGAGAGAGACCAGAUCUAAAACUACCAUGGACUUUAGAAACUUUGUACCUAAAGAAAACCCACAAUCAUGUAGAUACACAAGAAAGACAUCAAACAGAAGACAUCGCUCACCAUACUCACAAAAAGAGGUAAAUAAUAAUGAGAUAGAAGAACCAGAAAUAGAGCAAGUACCUGAUAUAGUUACAGAUCAGACAGAUUCUAUACAAUCAAGGCAACAGCAGAUACCAGAUUUUUCCCUGUUAUCAGAACUACACAACACAAGUAAACAGUCUCAGGCUAGACAGAAACUGACCAGCAUGAAACAUUGCUUUGUUAAAAGAUGUAGGUCUUUAAAGAAGAAAGUGAAGAACCUCAAAGACAAAAAAGUUAACCCGGCUGAAAGCAUGGAAAACAAUUCGGAUGAACAGUUACCAGCGAGGCAAGAAUCCUCGACUACAACAAGCUCCACUCAGAACUCGGAGGAGCAAGUAGAACAGGAGAGACAAGCAUGGGUACGCAGUCCUAUCAGGACACGACUCCGAGACCGCCAGGCUGAGUUGCGGAGAGAAUCUUUUAGAGCUAAAGCAGCAGCUAGGAGGAACUAUGCUAAUGGAGACAAUGCAUCUAUCAAGAAAAGGGUAGCCACUGCUGCUCAGACGAGAAACAGUAGGCGGCACCGUUUUCAGGUAUAUGACGUUGACCUUAUGACAUUAAAUGAUCGAUUACUGGAGGUCGAGAAAAGAGUAGGAGAACUAGAAACAGCUAUACCCCAGGAGCUGGAAGAAUGGCAUAGACUUAAACAGAAGUUCCGAGGAGAAAGUUAUACUGAAGCCAACAGAAGAAGAAAAACUGAAAAGAAACUUGAAGAACAAAUUAUUCACGAAACACAUCCUAAGCAUAUAGAGGCAAUGGGUGGUAUGCCAUCACUGAGUUCUGGCACUACAUCUGAUGAGGUCUAUGUUGUCCCUGAUCAUCAAGAAUCGAGCAGUCAAGAUGAGCCGGAGCAAAUCAUGUCAGAUGUUGGCCACAUGAGAUAUGAUGGAGAUAACAUGCAACAUGAUGAUGGUGAAUUAAGACAUGAUACAGAUAAUAUGAGAUAUGACAGGGAUUAUAUGGGACAUGCUGAGGAUAUGAGAUAUGAAAGUGGCUAUACAAGACAUGAUGAAGGUCAAACGAGAUAUAAUGAAGGUUACACAAGACAUGAUGAAGGUCAAGCAAGAUAUGAUGAAGAUUACACAAGACAUGAUGAAGGUCAAAUGAGAUAUGAUGAAGGUUACACAAGGCAAAAUGAGGAACACAUGUUCCACAGCCCUAUCAACAGUCUGAAUGAAGAGUCAUUACCAUCAGGAAUACCCAGUAAACUUAAACUGAAGUUAGGCAAGGACACACCAGGACAGCUUCAGACAAGUACACCAGUGACUGAACGUGAAUUGUCGUUCCUGUCAGCCACAAGGCAGUAUAGAGAUACCCACCAGAUACAUCAUACGAAUGUUACACAUAUAAAUAUAGAACAUUCUUACAGUGAUCCUAGUAUACGUGGUAAAACAGAGCUCAAGUUAGAGAGGAGUGUCAGCUUUGAAAAGAAACCUAGUAAAAAUGUUUUGUCACCAGAACAAGAAGCUGUGAAAAGUUUUCUACAGAAAAGAAGGAAAUCGAGUCCAAGAAACAGCAUUGAAAAAAAUCAUACAAGUCCAGGAACACGUAAAAGCAGAAGUCCAAGAAGAAUGUUUCCUAAAAGAUAUUCUAGUCCUUGUAAUAGAAGUGGCUCACGUUCAAGAUCAAGCUCUCCAUUGCAGAGAACAAAUCAAUCUAGCAUCUAUAACUCACCCCCAAUAGCUUCAUCCACAUUUCAGGAAGAAAACUAUGGUUAUAGUAGCAUAAGCCAAGCUGAAUUAUCACCCUAUUCAUUUACAUUUAGACAUGAUCGGGGGGACAACAGUCAGUAUUCAUUUGCAAAGAUUGAAGAAAAUUCUAAAAUGGAAGAUCCGAAACAUAAUGGGGAGAAGAAUACUUCCUCUGCUUCAAAUUUUUCGUACACAUUUCGUAAUGAUAGUCAGAUGAUACAGACAAAUGCAGAGGAAGAUUUACCAGGAUAUACUCGGAACUGCCCAAUCAACCGGCAACACGAGGGUAAUGAUAUGAAUGACGGGGCUAGCAGUGACAAUUAUCCACAGGCUACUGAAAUGAUGAUGGUUGAGGCAGAUGUGGAAGUGAAUGUUCCAAGAACUCAUGUCACAUUUGCUAAACAGGAUAGCAUAUCUACACAAGUAACUACUACAACAACAACAGAUGAUGUAUUGUCCUUGACAAAUGUCACUGCUGUUACAGGAGACUUUGCUAAUAGUUUUGCAGAUACAGUUGAAAGUUCUAACAGAAGUAGAUGGAUAAAUAAAGAUGUUUAUAUGUUUGAAAGAGAUGAGAGAGGUAAUCCAAUCAAGUCAAAAUACACUCGAUCUCAUGAGAAAAUUGAUGGUACAGGUGAUUGGAGAAAACCACCCAUUCCAAGCAAAGAGUUUUCUUCAACAUCAGAAAGAGACUUCAUAAAGGAAGCAGAGAAACGCCUACAGUUUUACAAAACAAGGAAAAGCGGUGAUGAGAUCACUGCAGGGGUGUGUCUGGAAAAGUUGCCACGCCCCUCUGUUUUAAACACCUUCGAAACCGAUUAUGAAAAUGAAGUUAUAGAACACGUGAUGUCAGCUUAUUCCCAUAAACAGUCUGCAGAACAACUUACAGCAAAUCCUGCCUAUGCAAGCCCAAAACACAAAAGCCCUGCCAGAGGAAGACAAAAUUCUGAAAGUAGGAGCCCUAGUCCUAAAAUAAAUACUAGUCCAAAGAGGAGUCCAGUUACAUCAUCAAAGACUUCUUUAUUGAAACAAAGAAGUCCAAAAAGAAGCCCAAGUCCAAAAAGAAGGAGCCCAAGUCCAAAAAGAAGUCCAAGUCCAAAAAGGAGUCCAAGUCCAAAAAGAAGGAGCCAAAGUCCAAAAAGGAGUUCAAGUCCAAAAAGAAGUCCAAGGUUACAAAGAUCUCCUGCCAUACACAGAAGCCCUAGUCCACAGAGGAGAAACAAAAGUCCUCCAUCCAAAACCUCAAGUCCUAAAGGAAAAACCAUCUCAGAUAGAGAUAAUUCAAAUAAUGAUUCAGGUCAAAGAGAAUUAGAGCAAAAUCAUUAUAGUGCCCACCAACAUCCCAAAGUCGACUCUACUUCUGAAUUUGAAGAUUUUGAAAGGCAGUUACAGGAAGAAUCACUUCGUCAUCAUAGAAGAAGUAAAUCUUUAACUAAUCUACACAAAUAUCAGUACCCAAUGUUAAAUGGUAACAGGUUGGGAGAAACAUCUGUAAGCUGUACAAACAGUAUAGAUGGGGAGACAAGAUCCAUUAUUAACGAAAGUGCCAGGUACCAUUUUCUUCAUGAUAAAGGUAUGAUUAAGAUCAGCUCACCAAGUCUGAAAUUGAUGACUGGUAGUCCAGCAAGCAGAAGAAAAUACGAGCCUGAGUAUAAUAACAUUGAUGAAGAAAGUUCAGAUAUGGUGGUAAGUGGAAGUGAAAGUGCAUUAAGUGGUGUGUAUGUAGACAAUAACUUUCAUCUUCAAGGUAAAACAUCAUCUGACAUGGACUCGAAGCAAACAGUGAGUGAAAUAACAGGCACAGAAACAUUGUCAGAUUGUAGCAAUAAAUCUGGAAUCAUAGAGAGGCAGAAGAGACAAGAACAGGAAUUGUUUGAACAAUGUCUGAAAACAUGUGACGAGAACCAUGAGGUCUGGGACAAUGUUCUUGAUUGGAUGAAUAAGGAAUGUGAUGUCAAUGAAGGUGAGGAUUUAGAACAUGAACUUGAUAUGUUGAUGCAAGAGGAAGGUAGAGAAGUGUAUGAUACUGACCAAGAGCAGGGAACCAAGCCAAACUCUGUUAGCCCAAUGGAUGACUCUGUUUACUACAGUUUUCAAGGUCAGUCUGAAGAACUUAGAGGAGCUAUUGCAUGUUUGCGAAGCCCGGUCCAGAAGAGGAGGUACAACAAACAAGAUAUGCCAGGGUUAAUGUACGUAAUUUGUAAUGGAUCUUUACAAGAUAUUGCUGACUAUUUGAAUUCUGAUAAGACAAUAUCAGAAGGAGAGAUAAAAGAAGCUCUGUCAUUGGCUAUAGAAGAACAGAACUAUGAUGUUACAUUGUUACUAUUGGAAGAUGUUUGUAAGAUUAUUCAUGGUGCUGAAGGUGAUUUAUGUGUUGAUGUUUUCCCAGCUUAUCUUGAGCAGGACAGAUGGCAGCCAGUGUUUGUUAUACUUACUAAACAAAACAUACAGGGAGAGUGGGACUCGUUCAUGGGUUUUCCUGUGUACAGGAGGCGUUAUGAUUUGGUCAGCAAUGAGGCAACAUUAGUGGUAAAUAGUGACUAUGUACGUUCACACCCUCUUACAUUAGAUAACUUUAAAUCAAUCAGGAAAGCCCUCAGUUCAGUAAAUCUUCAAAAAUACCAUAGUAAAAUAACUGUUAUAAAUGCAUGUCCAUGUAGAUCAAAGAAAGGUGGGAAAGUUCUCGAGAAAGGACUGUGUAUUGUAGUUCAUUGUUUAAUAAAGGGUUUUAUACCGUUUAAUGAAAGUCCCUUUCCAAAAGAGAUUGGUGGAUUACCUGUAGAUAUACGUGAAGGAUAUUUCCGACUAGGAGUUGCGACACCAGCUGGAGUAUCAGACCUACAUCAACAAUUAUGGGAACUUGGGGUAGAUAAGAGAACUUAUUCUAGGAGUCAAUCCUCGGCUAGUUCUCGGGGCUCUGUUUGUGAAAGUGGUAGCGAGAGUAAAAGUGAUAUAAACAAUAACAGUUGUGUGUCCGGUUCUACUAGUAAAGCAUCCUCAACCUCACAGAAAUCUGUAAACAGAACUAAAAGAAGCCCAAGAGCUGUAGCUAAAAAGUUUGACCGUAAAGAUUUAAAUGAAGAUGUUGAUGAUAGUGAAACAAGGCAAAAUGAAAUAUUGACAGAUAAUAUAAUUGAUCAGAUAGAAAACACCCAUCAUUCAUCAGUGAAGCAGGACAUACAUAUGGGUACCAGUGUAUGUUUACAGUCAGGGACUGAAGCUGGAACUGUAGGUGGUUUCCUGCUAUUACCUGAUGGUGACAUAGGUUUCCUUACCUGUGCUCACACCUUUACUGAUGCAAAUAUUGGUGAUGAUGUUUAUCAGCAAAGUAGUGUAAUAGGACAAGAAAACAAUUCAGCUUCGAGCAGAACUGUAUGUGGAAAAGUGUAUGAGAAAGUCUAUCAGCCAGGUUCAUGUGAAAGUGUUGGUUGUGAUGUAGCUGUUGUCAAGGUUACAUGUCAAGGUCCAGUUGAUAGUGAAUUUGUUCAUAUAACACAAGAACAACUUCAAGAAGCAGGUAUUGAUUCACAAAAAUCAUUCAACUUUGCAAGUGGUAAGAUACAGAAAUUAUCAGACAUCAGCCAAGAAGAACUUGUCUGUAGUAUUGUCAAAGUUGGUGCAACAACAGGACUUACCUGCGGCAAGUUAUACGUUGACGGUGUAUAUGUCAAGGACUUUGAGGGUUGCUAUGGUAACAGCAUCAUGGAGUUUUAUAAUCAGUUUGAGGUAUCAUCAACAUCAGAGACAAAACUAAAAUUCUUUGACCUCGGAGAUUCAGGGUGUCUGGUGUUUCUGUCUCGGGAAGGUCAUGACCUUAUAUGUAUAGGUGUAGCUGUAGGCUGUACAAGUUAUGGUUCCUGUGUCGUCACACCAAUUGAUACAGCUUUGGAUGCUCUCAGCUUCCAAGCACAGUUUAUAGACUUCACACAGUCUCAGUCAAAUUUUUAAAACCAGGUUCAAAAAUCAAUUUUUCAAACGUAGGCACAAAGAUUUGUUGUACUUUUGAAACAGAUUUACUUAUUUUGUAUUUUAAUACACUAUAAAUAGAGUACUUUAUUUAUAGUACAUGUAUAUUGUAUGGAUGAAAUUAAAGGAACCACACACCUUCUGCCUGCGUUACUAUAUAAGUAGUGCUUUUGCUUAAUAUAUAAAAGGUUAAAAAGAAAGAUGAAAUUAGCUUUAAAGUAAAAAAAGAUACAUAUGCUUAUGCUUGGUACUUUUUGUGAAUAAGUUACUAAUAUAGCAUGUUAAAUUUGUUCAGAAUUUUUACUCAAUGAAAUAGAUUCCAAUUUUUCAGAGUUCUAUUUUUAAAGGGAAAAAAUAUGUGUAUAUAUUGUUUGUUUAAUCAUGAUUUUUAAAUACCAUUUUAUCUAUAGCUCUUGUUGUGUUUCAACUCUAGUUCAUUUUUUGAAAUUAUGUAUAAAUAGUUGCCACAUUAAAGGCCCAUUAUGCCUCAGAAAUGCUUUUAUUUUUAUUUCUCAAAAGCUUUAAUUUUGGUUUACUUUUAUAGUAUCCAAAAAUUUACUCAUUAGCCAAUAACCUGAACCAUCUUUUUGAUCUGUUGCUUUUUGGUAAUAUAUAGCGAAUAAGUUUUUUGUAUGAAAGUUAUAAUACUACUUUGUUUACAUUUUGCCACUUUUAUGACAAGUUAUUUCACAUUUAUUGCUACUUUUUUAUAGGGUAACAAACAUCCUUAUUUUCUUAUACUAUAAAAUUCAUGUUUGUAUUUGUUUCUGAGGCAAUAAACAUGCCUUUAAUUUACACUGUUUUAUUUUUCAUACAUAAAAAUGCUUGGAUCUUGUAGAAAUUAGUUAGAAGUUAGUGUUAAAGAUGUUUCCUCGUCCAAGAAUAGCACUGUAUAUAGUCAUUCAUUAUUAAAGCCCUUGAAGUUGAUAAAUUCAUAUAUGAGCUGCGUCAUGACAAAACCAACAUAAUGGGUUUGCGACCAGCAUGGAUCCAGACCAGCCUGCGCAUCAGCGCAGUCUGAUCAGGGUCCAUGCUGUUUGCUUACAAACCUUAUAACAAGUAGAGAAACUGAUAGCGAACAGCAUGGAUCCUGAUCAGAUUGCACGGAUGUGCAGGCUGGUCUGAAUCCAUGCUGGUCGCAAACCCAUUAUGUUGGUUUUGUCGUGACGUGGCUCAUAUGAUCUUUUGAUUAAAGACAACACAAAAUCACAAUGGCCAUCAGUCACUGGCUUAACCUGCUGAAUUUGUGGAAUAGAUUUGGACAAGAUUAUUCACAUUUUAAAGGGAUUUCGAUCUUUAAAAUACAAAAAGAAAUGAGCUGUAUUAUAGUCGGCCUGAUCAGACUUCUCAGAUUUGCAGGUUGACCUGGCUUGUACUCUGGUGGAAAUUGUUAAACUCAUUCUGUUCCAGCAUGGUAAUUUAUGGUUAAUUUGAGCCGCGUCACGACAAAACCAACAUAGUGCGUUUGGGACCAGCAUGGAUCCAGACCAGCCUGCGCAUCCGUGCAGUUUGAUCAGGAUCCAUGCUGUUUGCUUACAAACCCUAUUACAAGUAGAGAAACUGAUAGCGAACAGCAUGGAUCCUGAUCAGACUGCGCUGAUGCGCAGGCUGGUCUGGAUCCAUGCUGGUCACAAACUCAUUAUGUUGGUUUUGUCAUGACGCAGCUCAUUUAAUGAUACUUGUAGAAAUAAUAAUGGUUGUGUUUAGAUUAUAAGUUAUAAAGAUUUUUGACAGGUUAUACAGUGCUAUAUAAAUGGUUGUUUGUAAAUAUAACCUGAGCUGCCAGUCCAGGAUUAUUAUGCAAAUAACCGUUUAUAUGCCGCCAUAUCAUGUGU